GGCUCUAAAGGAUCUUCUUAUUUUCUCGGAAAGUGUGUGGAAACACCCCGUACCCACGCCCCACUAGCGUUGCACCUUCUCGCAAGACGAUUGCUUGUGUCACUGAUUUUAUUGAUUGUAUUUGUAGGUUUCUCCAAGUGUAAGCUUGAUCUGGGUCUAGUGGUUGAUACAACUAAAAGUAUUAAUCAAGGAAACCCCAACAACAUUAACCUUCUGAAGAACUCGCUGAAAAUCCUGAUUCGAUCGAUGGACAUCUCAGAGAAUGGAACACACGUAUCACUUGAGACAUUCGCAGCGGAGAGCGUGCUACACAACAAUUUUAAAAACGGCUCUUUCUACAGCGUCAAGGCCAUGGAAGGUUUGAUCGAUAAAAGCAUCGGUAAACUUAGUCAACCUACUCGACUUGAUUACGCGCUAUUCCAAGCGGACGAUGAAAUGUUUUCUCAUGAGAGCGGGAAUCGAGCUGGUGUUAGAAGUGUAAUGGUUUUGUACACUGACGGAAAGUCGCACCCAGAUACCAAGGAUUUCAUGGGAGCAGUUGCUAAUUUAAAGGUCAGCUUAAAGAGAAUAUAUAAACCUUGCAGUAAUACUUGUUCAUCGAGUCUCUGAUCGACCUGUAUUGUUUUUCUCGUUAGCAACAACUUGAACAAAAUCCACAUGAUCGGGGUCCACAUGAUCACAGGGUCGUUACUAUCAGAAAAUUAUGUGUUUUUUUAAAAAUUAAUAAUAAACAUAAAAAAAAAUGUUAUGAACUGAUCAGCCGAGAGCAAUGCAGUUUUUACUGGUCACAGGAAAUACAAUGAUAUAAAAAAAAGAAAUGAAAUGCAAAACCUCAGAGAAUGGAACACUCAGUGAUUGACUGGGAUUGGCUAAAGAACUAUAGAAAUAUAUAUCAACCAAUCAGGAGCCGCAAUCUUUUUUGGCCACUUUGAGACUCAUGAGACUGGGUAUGUGUUGUGCCGAAUAGCAGUGUGGGAUGUGGCAAUGGUGUGGGGAUGAAUUAAUUUUGAUAAAUGAAAUUUUUUCAUGUCUAUUAAGUUAAUCAUACUUAUUUGCACUCGUGUGCUUUUCAAAAAGCUGAAAAAAAACACUCGUGUUAAAAAUUUUAAAUUAAACGAGAAAAGUGUUAUGGUUAUCUAUGCAUAUAGCCCUCUUAGAUUGUAUCAAUCUGGUUAAACCAAGUGUGCAUGUGUUUUUUUCUUUUUUUUCGCUGUAGAAACUAUCUCAUUAACCAAUGCGAACGCGUAUACUGAGCCGUGUAUUUCCUCUUUUUUAGAAACAUGGUGUUCGUCUAGUAAUUGUUGCCAUCGGAAAGUUUUCCAAAAAAAGAAGGUAUAGGCGUAUCUUGGACAAAAUCGCCGGAAAAAAUGUUAUCUUUGUGCAGGAUUAUUUAACUCUCCAGGGCAUGGCAGACGACAUUCAAGCCAUUAUUUGCCGUGAGUAAUUUAAAGUUUAUUAACAGAGAUAUUUUAAUUAAAUUAAAAUUAUAGCAGUGAAACAAAAUGCACUUGUUUUUCUAUCAGUUUUGCUGUCCAAUCUGAAAAAAAAAUUGGAUGAAAAACAUUUCAUGGACAGCCAAAAUUACGGCCGAGUCCAAUUAGGCUGUCAGAAGAAUUUUUUGAAUUCAAUUAUUUCCAAAUUGGAUGGCAUGCAGUCCUCUUACUUUUGAUAUUAAUAGACCUUUUCACGGUUUUUUUCAACUUUUGACAUGGACAAGUUAGGGAAAAUCCAACGAUACCACUGGAAAGAGCGCGUUAAUCAAUAGUAGUAAAAGUGCCAAAUUUGAAAGUGAUACAUCUUAACCGAGCGAAGAUACUGAGCUCCGCAAAGAUGCGAAAAUUUACAGACGUUUAUAUGUUGUGUAUACUUUGGCAUUUUGUGGUCAAGUAUAAGCUUAAAUUGUACCGCAAUUACCUCAAACAAUUUCCACAGACUUUGUCCUUUUGUUAUAUAAUGCCUACAUCUAUCAGUAUUUUCUUAUGCCCGUCCAAAGUUUCAGUGCUUGUACAUUUUCAAGAAUCGUUGAUUGUUUCCAAUGCAAACUUUCAACGGUUUGGACUUACAUUUUCCUGUUAAAUGGCCCAGACAAGAAGCCAAGACAAAACAACAUUCACAGCAACAAGAAGCCAAGGGUGCAUGUACGCCGACGAACUGCCGUCAGUCAAUGCAACGAGACUUUUUGGCGCGUUGUCACAGGGACUUUGCGCUGAUUGGCUAGUUUGCAUUGCCUAUCGUAUUUUCUGGCAUUUGAUUAGCUCAGACCAGCUAUUCUAUUUUUCUUAAAUUGGACAGCUUGCCUGUUUGUAUAGGAAAGUCCUGACUGAAACUAUCUAAAUUAAAUCCUCGUAAAAAUUAAAGGAUAGUAGCUUUACUGACAGUAUCGGAUUAACUAACAGCUAUAUAAUUAUUAGGGAAAUAAAGGCAUGAAACGACCGAUUCGGUUAACUUUUCCUACUCUGGUACAGUUUUAAAGAGUGCAAGGAUUAUUUACGCCCAUUUAAUUAAAUCGCCGAAGCAAAUAAAUCUUUUAUAGACCAGAAUUGAAGAUUAUACUGAUUAGAAGACGGUAGGAGAAGUAUGUAGUAGUUACGAUUUCUAAUACGAUUUACUAGGUACGGUUCCCUAUAAGGAAAAUGCACUGGAAAUCAGUGCAAAAAAGAGAGAGUAAAGUAAAAACUAAACAACCACAAAGAAAAAAAGAAAUUCCUCUCUAGAGAAACAAGCACCACAGUCAUAUAUCAUUCUUUGAGGGAAACUUAUUGUGGGUACCAAGUCGCUCAGGAAAUUGCAUCGACAGGGUUGCAAGAGGGAUAAGUCUCAACGGUGUCACCGCCCAGCAAGCGAGCCUAGCGCUACUGUUAAAAUAUUAACAUUGCACUAAUGAUGAAAUAUCUGUCUAAUGUCACUCAGCACCUUCCCCUUGUGAACAAUCCGCCGGCCUGGAUGUAGCAUUUCUCGUGGAUCGCACAAGAAGCUUAGGAAGAGAGAACUACCAGCGACUUAAAGGUUUCCUUAUUCAGAUAAUUGACGCCAUAAACAUUGGACCAAAUGCUACUCAUGUUGGUAUCAUAUUGUUCAGUAAAUACUCCAAGGUGUUGAACACAUUUAGUGACUCCAGAUACUACAAAAAAUCAGAGGUACAUUAUCUGAUUGAAGACCUUUCCGACAAACUGAAAGGACGCACCUUCAUCGACAGAGCUUUAAAAGCCGCUAAUAACACAUUAUUUACAAAAGAGGGCGGUGACAGACCUAAAUUUCCCAAUGCAUUGGUUCUCUUCACCGAUGGAAAAACCAACAAAGAGUCUAAACCUUAUGGGGAAAUCAUCCCUUCUCUCAAGGUGAGUAAUGGAGCUAAACUUAAUUUCCAGGCACUUCUUCUGGUCUCAUACCCAAACACCUCUCAAUUACUAGGUUGCCUUAAAAAUUAUUCCAUCGAACAUAUACACUAAUCAUUGCACCUUAUCAGUCUCUAACAGGCACUUGUCUGGAUCAAAAUUCAAGGCAACUAUCAAGGGAGCAGAUAUUCAAUUGCAGUGCGUUACGAACUGACUUUAACAAAAGAUAAAAAUCGUAUAACUCCUUUAAAACAUUUGCUAAGUUGAUAUUCAAACACAUUUAUUUUCUUAGAUUAUUAUUAUUAUUAUUAUUAUUAUUAUUAUUAUUAUAUUAUUAUUUUCUUAGAUUCCUACAAUAAUUAGGACAAACUCGAAGGAAAUUCGAUACCCUAGGACACAGAGGACUAAAAGCUGUCCUGCUGCACAUCCCCGUACAGGCCAUAUAAGGGAGUACACCCCCCGCGGAGUAGCCUAAUCACUAUCUUAAAGUUCUGAUUACAAUACGCUUGUUAAUACUUCCGCUCUUUACUUAGGCGAAAGAAGUUCGCAUUACUGCUCUUGGAAUAGGACCCAAUGUUAAACCAGAUGAACUGAAAAGGAUUGCUGGAGACAACUAUAACCACUCAGCCACUUUCAAAAAUUUGCCGGACUUUUUCACUCAAAUACUAACCCAGACAUGCAGUGAGUGAUUUCAGUUUUCAUCUCCUUAUAUAAAAUUUUCUGUUUUGGGUUGUGAUUUGCUCUUUGAAAAACUCAUUUUAAACCUCUUCAGUUGAUAUUUUCUAAAUUAUACAUCGCCUGGUUUAUUUCAAACUUGCCCGAUUUCAAGGGGGUUUCGUUUAUUGUUUGAACGUUUGCCAGUAGAGACCUUACGAUUAUAAGACAAGGCCAGGAUAAAUCUUUCAAUACUAAGUGGUGCUCGCGCGUGAAACAGCAUCAUUUUGGCGGGAAAACGUUAACGUGGUAGCCGUCGUCAUUCUACUACAGGGUAAAGCGAGAGGGACCUUAAGAUCUUAUGAUGGCAACGGUAAUGAGAACAUCAAAAAAGAAAUUUAAGAAUGCAUCACGCUUUUUUGUACAUUUCUUUGCCUUUACUGCGCAACUACGACGUGAAAAUGCCUAAUUUCACGUUUUAUAGAUACAGUAUAUAGUCCUUUUAUUGGUUUUCAUUUGCUGCUUUGUUUAAUUCAUAUAGGUGUUGACGGCCGUUUUUCUCGCUGGGAUUCUUGGUCUAAGUGCAGUGCGUCAUGUGGCUUGGCUGGAGUGCAAAAGCGCACCAGAACAUGUACCAAUCCUCCUCCACAGGGGUAUGGUAAGAACUGUACGGGAGAUUACGAGCAGAGCAGAAGCUGCAAUACAAAUCCUUGCCCAACAGUUCAACGUAAGUAUUCAUGAUUGGUCCUUAUAUACAUUUUGGCUUAUAAUUACUUGAUACAAAUGCUAUAAUAUAGGGACGAUUAUUGAGAAACUUAUUUCAAUCCUACCGCAUAACAAUAUUGAAUUGUCCUCAGACGGCUUGCAGAGCGUCUUUUCUCUUGAAAUCCGUUGAGCAGGUGAAAAUGCAUUUCCACCCUCACAUUUAGCCUCUUUCGUUUACGAGAUUGUGUCUGUUAUUUAUCUUAAAUUAGGAUUUAGAACUGUGGCUAAAAAAAGUAAAAUUUAAUAUGCUUCACCCUGUAAAUGUUUUUUUUUUUAUUUUCUUCUUUUUCUCCGAAUAUUCUGACACACAGAGCCUGAAAGUCAAGACAAAGGAGCAAAUGGAGUUAUUUUGCCACAGCUUAAAGAUUUGGAGCUGAGUGAAAACCACAGUGGAACAUUAAAGUAA